AGCCUGUGCCUGCAGCUGACUCGCUCCAGGAACGAUGCGAAUCCCAUCAUUCUUACCUCUCCCCCCGGAGAGCAACUGGGCUGCCUGUAUACUCUCCCAGACUUUGUGCCAAGUGCUACUGUGGGCAGCUGUGCUAAAUCUUGUUGCUGGGACACAUGCGGAUCUCCCGAAGGCCAUGGUGAAACUUGAGCCCCCAUGGAUCCAGGUGCUCAAGGAAGACAGUGUGACAUUGAAGUGUGAAGGGACCCACAACCCUGGGAACUAUUCGACCCAGUGGCUCCACAAUGGGAGCUCCCUCCGGAGCCAGGUCCGGCCCAACUACACGUUUAAAGCCACAGUCAAUGACAGUGGAGAAUACCAGUGCAGACUGGAGGAGAACAUCCUCAGCGACCCUGUACAACUGGAAGUGAUUGCCGACUGGCUGCUGCUCCAGACCCCUCAACUGGUGUUUGAGGAAGGGGAAACCAUCAUCUUGAGGUGCCAUAGCUGGAGGAGCAAACCCCUGAACAAGAUCACAUUAUACCAGAAUGGAAAAUCCAUAAAAUAUCGUCAAUCCAAUGGCAACUUCUCCAUCUCCAAAGCAAAUCACAGCCACAGCGGUGAUUACCACUGCACAGGAUACCUAGGAAAGGGACAAUACAAGUCGAGGUCUGUGACCAUCACUGUCCAAGUGCCCAGAUCCAGCAGCAGCUCUGUACCAGUCUUGACAAUUGUAGCCGCUGUCACUGGGAUUGCUGUAGCAACCCUUGUUAUUAUCCUGGUAUCCUUGAUCUACAUCAAGCAAAAACAGGCUCCAGACAAUAUGCCUGAUCUCGGAGAAGUCGCCAAAACUGAGGUUGAGAAUACAAUCACCUAUUCACUUCUCAAGCAUCCUGAAGUUCCGGAUGAAGAUGCAGAACCUGAUUACCAGAAACACAUUUAAUCUCCCUUGUCUUGACUUGGGAUUGGAAAAAGCAAACCUUCCGGAAAGGCCAGGAUCUAGUAUCUCCUGGUCAGUAGGAUUCUGGAGAUAUUAAGGAGGCUAUGCACAGUCACCUGUGUGAGUCCUGAAACCAACAGACACCAUGGUACUGGUCCCCAGUGGUUGAUUGUACUAAUAACUUCUACGACUUACCGCUUCCCAACUUAAGACUCUUCUGUUCUGCCAUAGAUUCACAUGGUCAAUAAAAUUAGUCAAAUUACUGUCAUUAACAGACUGCUACAAUAUGGGAACUGCUUAUACUACAAGCUACAUGAGAACACUUACAUUAAGAUACAUGAUCUCAGCAAUGAUAUAACUGGGUUGUACCAACAUAUCAAAAGUCAUGCUUCAGGAUGAUUUAAUUAUAAGGGAUUUUAAUCUUCUUCCUUAUUUUCCUAUAAAGAUCAUAUGCACUUUUAUACUAAAAUACUGUAAAAAUAACAUUUUAUUUACUUUUUCAAGGUUGAGGUGAUUGG